AUGUCAACGUCAGCAUCCUCCUCCACACCACCUCCUGUAGCCGGCCCCAGCUUGCAGAUGCUCCCUGAAGGCAAUGACGAGAAGAACAGUGUGGUCAUCAAAGUAGGAAUGGUUGGAGAUUCGCAAAUAGGGAAGACAAGUCUGAUGGUCAAAUAUGUGGAGGGCAGUUUCGAUGAGGAUUAUAUCCAGACGCUGGGCGUCAAUUUCAUGGAAAAGACAAUAUCUGUCAGACGGACAACAAUCACCUUUUCAAUCUGGGACUUGGGUGGCCAGCGGGAAUUUGUCAACAUGCUGCCUCUCGUGUGCAACGACGCCGUUGCGAUCCUAUUCAUGUUCGACUUGUCACGGAAGUCAACGCUCAACUCGGUCAAGGAGUGGUAUCGGCAGGCGCGGGGGUUCAACAAAACCGCCAUUCCAUUUCUAAUUGGCACCAAAUUCGACCAAUUCGCCACAUUUCCACGGGAUGAGCAAGAAGAAAUUACAAAGCAGGCAAAGCGCUUCGCACGCGCUAUGCACGCCUCACUUAUCUUCUGCUCCACCUCUGCCUCAAUAAACGUGCAGAAGAUCUUCAAGAUCGUGCUCGCCAAGGCCUUUGACCUCAAAUGCGUCAUACCCGAGAUCGAGGGCGUCGGCGAGCCUAUCCUUAUCUACGUGGAUGUUUGA